AUGGCGGUUGGCGUUUCAAAUACAAGUAUUAUGAAGAACCUUGCCAAUGCCAACAUAUUUUCAAUCCACCAUCACACACUGCAUGCUUACACUUGGGGAUUAGACGGAUCAGAAGUGGCUAACAAACAUGGUGACAACUACAUCAAGGAAAUUGUUCUGAAAACAGAGAAACUACGGACAGCCUCUCUCAUCUUUAAUGCAACUUUUUCAAGAGAACAUCUUACUACGUAG